UAAAAAUCUAUUAAAAUUCUUUCCAUCAAAAUCAGACCAAAAUUUAAUAAAAAUAGACCCGAUGUCCUUCUAAAGCGUUAGAGUUAUCGUAGCUGUCUUACCAAACAAGCUGAACAGUGAUCUCCAAAAUAAAUUCCAAAGCCCUACCGAAUUUUGAGCGCCAAAAUUUCUCGCGUGGGAAGGAAGGAGGAGGAAACAGAUGACGUCAGCAAUAGGAUGGUACGGACCGUUAAUAGACCUAUCGAAAGCUGCUUCUCACAUCGGCGACUUUGUUCAGCUUCUCGUUUUUGUUCAUCGAUGCUCUCCUAUUCAGUAUAAGUUAUCAAAAGGCGGAGAAGUAAUAAGAACAGACAUUCAAGUGGGUGAUGAUACGCUACCGUAUUUCUCCGUCUCAUUGUGGCAAAAGCAAAUGGCAACUCUUGCAGUUACGGGUGAUGUCAUUUUAUUGCAAAAUGUGAAGAUCACUAAAUUUGGAGAUAUUAUUGAGGCAAAAACUGUCCAGUUUUCAUCGUUACACUGUUUGAUCCAUCCCUAUGACUUGCUUUUCUCCAAAGGUGUGGAUGACUUAGUGAGCGAGUGUCAAGUUGGGAAUACGACAUUGGAAAAGCUUGUCAAGGUUGUUAAAUGGGUGCAGAGGGCUGCUUCUUCUCUUUACAAUAUUGCCUCUAACGCCUUUCAGAAGAGACAGCUUCCAAGGAACUGGAAAGUAGUAGAACAGAGUGAAGCUCGGGAUAUUUUCCUGCUUUCACAAGUGCUGCACCUAAGGGAUUCCUGUAAGGCAAUCUUUCAUGCGUUUGUCGGUGAAAUUUUCCUACCGAUUACCUGGAGACUACUCGGUGAUUCUGAGAAGGAAAACAUGUUUGUUAGUAGGAGAAUAACAAAACUUGAAGGGAGUAAUAUAGUAGAAGAUUUUACUUGUAUUGGCUGCCAGUUAUGUGGGUCUCGUUUAGAUUCGCAAAAUGGGUGUAUGUUCAAGAAAUAUUCGGUUCCACUCUUUUGCACAAAAAGCUCAGAUCAUCUUCAUGUAGUUGGCAUGAUAUACAGACCCUUUAUGUUAUAUGUGUGGGAUGAAUCAGAGCACCUGCCACUACUUGUAACGAACAAGGCUGCAGAGCUGUUGUUUGGAAACAUCAAGGCUGAAAGAGUCUACUCUUGCUAUAGAGGCCAAAGGAAUAAUCAGAACUCUGACCUAAAUGAUCACCGUAAAGAGUUUAUUCCUAAAGCUACGGGGCAAGCAGCGGCGGAUCCUUGCUCAUCAGGUGGAGACAACAUGCAAGUUAAGACGAAACAACAUCACUAUGAUAAAAACAUCAACUUCCACUUGAUUUGGUUAAUUCUUCUGAAGAUGCUGUUGCAACAAGAGAAUAACAGCCCAUUGAAAUUUGAAGUAAAUGUAAAUCCGAGUCUGGAUACUGACAAUGGGAAGUUUGAAAUGGUUUCUGUGUCAAUUCCAUGCAUCAGAACCAAAGGUUCUUCAUCUUGAAGAACAUAACAUAAAUCCAUUAAUUUGAAGAAUUUAUUAGUUAAAAGGUUUUUAUUCUGUAUAUAAGUUCAUUGCUGGCAAAACACUUGAAAUAUUUAGCAAUCCAUUUAUUAUUAUCGUUGUUAUUC